UUUAUCUACUUUGAAUUUUUAAUACAAUUUCCGGAAGAAGGUUCCGUGAUAAUAGUAUUCUUAUGUUGUAUUGUACGCUUUGUCGCCGUAUGCGUAUGCCUAAGGCACGGCGCCCACGGGAACGCCCAUGGGAAAUAUUUAAUACACGAGACUUUGGCUUUCAGGAAGGUUCGCAAAACUACAGCAUGUGGAUUGUUUCUUCCUUAACAUUCAUCUCUCUUUUUGCUUAUGAGAUUUAUAUGCAGUUUAGACGAAUCAAAGCCAAGGGUGAUACCUGUCCCUCUUGUGAAGCAGCGCGGGCUCAUUAUCGGCAACGUGUGGAGGAUAAAGAACUGGAGUUGGAGUUCAUCAACAAGUAUAGUCACAAGCGGAUAUCGUAAUCCCAUGGAUAAUAUGCUGACAUUUCGUUUCUAGUUUAACUCUAAAAAUAGGACUUCAACGUGAAUCGAUUUCAUUUAAUGUGAACGAAGAAGAGGACGAAGUAGAGUUAAAGUUACAAGACCCUCUCUUAGGCCCUUUUUUCGUAUAUUUCAACUCCUAUGUGCAAAUGAAGUGAGGUUUUCUCUUUAUCCUUUAAGGAUUAUAAUGCUCAGGGGGGCUCUGGGGUGUAGACUCUUUCAGCUGAAUUCCCGUUUCAAGCUUUACAAAUAACCUUUUUGGCCU